UCUUGUUCAGCAAAGGUCGGACCUUUUCGCCAAAAUAUGGUACGACACUAUUAUAUUUACAUCGUCAAAUUCGUGAUUUAUCAUUAUAAAUCCUACCUAGGCAUUGAAAAAAAUACACGAGGUACCCCUCAUGUAUCAUGUGAAAUUACAAGCGAUUUAGUUACGCAUGCAAGAGCCUCAAAUACUAGCUUACAUUUUGCAGGUCUCUCUGAGAUGGGUGUAUGAACAAGGCGUGAGUUUGGUACCAAAGAGCUUUAACAAGGAGAGAAUGAGGCAAAACCUUCAGAUAUUUGAUUGGUCACUGACACAGGAAGAAUCACACAAGAUUAACCAGCUUCCUCAACGCAAAGGCAUCACUUUGGCACAUGCUUUGGGACCCCUCGACUGGGUGCUGGAGCUGGAUGCAGAUCUCUGAAAAAAUCAUAAGAAAAUUCCACUUAUUUCUAAAUUCUCAGAAUAAAAAAAGUUGGACAGCCAGCGACACGUUACACAUUCAUGGAGAGUCAUUUUAUCCGAAUGUAUGGAGGUUUUUACCCAUAUCAAGUGUUUUUGAAAAAAAAGUCCCAAUUAAGGGUAGGUUUGAAAAUAAUUUUCAAACCAAAGAUAGUUUUAAAAACGUCAUUUGGUCUGACGUUUUUAAGCCAA